UGCAACCACAAUCGCAGCCGUAAUCGCAAUCGCAACCCAUCGGGCUUCACCUCCCACCACUGCAGUUCCUUGCGCUGCUGGACUGUAACUGUAAAUUGUCCAGAAAUAACCUAGAAUCGAUAUAUUCUGCGCUAGCCCGGCAACCAUUGGCUCUGCGCGUGCGGAAACAAUGCCAGGGCAAAUCUAGCGGGAGAAUGCGAGGGUUGCACCGGGCGAGUCAAUCCCAAAUUCCAAUGAUUGUGCGUCCCGUCCGGCCCAGAUGUCCGCGAGCCCAAGAACGACGCAAGAGGGGCACGUUGGGGUGCUUGCUGGUGGUGGUGGUGAUGGUGGUGGCCGGCCCUGGCCCCGGUCUGGCCCGCAGGGCAGAGGGGGCGGUCGGCAAAGGGCAUUGGUUGCUUUUGCUGCUGGAGAGCGGCGAGGAGCAGGACCAAGACCCGAAGCGAGAACCGGCCGCGGUUCCAGAAGUUGUUCCCCCGCCGGCGUCCGUCCGUCAAGCUGGCUGGCAGCCCAAUAAGCAGGACACGCUGGCAUUGGUAGGCAGGCAGACUGGCGGUCGUUUUAGUCUGUAUUAUGGACGUGCGCACGGGUUGCCGGCAGAGAAGCUGCCCCUUUUCAAUCGUGCCCAGAUAUGA